AUGUUKUCAGMAGUGGCCAUCUCCAGGGGCUUUGUGCCAAAAGCCAGGAAAUCAGCUCUUUUCACACUUCGCUGCACCCCACUCCCACAGUGUUCAGCAGUUUUUCCAUGUUGCAUUCUGUUUCAGACUUUCACCGGGAAUUUUGUCUACUAUAUCCAGCCAGUGCUCCCCGAGGACAUUCUGAAAGCAGUCCUGGAGAAAAUUGGUUACGUUGCAACUACAGCGACAGAGUUUUCACUUGUCAAAAAGAGAGACRAUGAGGAAACAAAGCAGACUGCAUUUGAAAUAUUCCUGGCAAGAAUCGAGUGUGAAGCCAUCCUCGAAAUGACAAAUGAAGAAAAACAUGACAAUUUGGAGAAGAGUCUGCAGCAGGGAGCACAAACACAUCAGCAUCAAGGAGAGAAGGAUGAGGAAGAUCAGACACCCCAGAGAGGAGACACUGGAAGUCUGGAAAAUGAAGGGAACAGUAAGACAUCUUUGUGCCUUGCUCCCCAGCAGAAAUGUUCAGCUACCUGUGCUGUACCCUUUGAAGCUUCUGGGAAUCCGAGGAUCAAAGGGGACGUGGCUCAGUCAGCAGCUGCAUCCCCCAGCAGCCUCCAGGAGCACCAAAAGCAAGGUGGUACCACGGCAUAUCUCCCGGGCAAGUGCUCAGACAGCGAGGACUUCCUGAUCAAAUACAGUGACAUUGUCAUAGCACAAACACCCAUCUUCAGUGAGAAUCUCUCUCCAAAGGCUUUGGAAAAGGAGCCAAGAGCCAGUCUGAGUGAGGAGUGUGCCUUGGCAGUGGCUGCAGAGUCAGCUGCACGAGCUCUCAGGCCUGCACCUCUGUCCCCAGGAGCCAGCGGCCCCCCAGCCUUUGCCAUGUUUGCUGACAGCUCCUGUGACAGCAAAACCACCUUGGAGUUUGAAGCUCCAGAAGUCCCGGAAGAAUCAAUUGAAGCAGAAAUUAAUGACGCCAUAAAUUGUGUAGACCCGGCCCCCAGUGAUGAACCCACUGAGCUGAAGUCUCUGCCCUACAAGGACUUUGCCUCUGCCCAAAACUGCAGCAUCCCCAGGAAAGAGGAAGUUUGUGAGCUGUCUUUAACCUUCACCAAACUACAAAUCAAGGAUGCUCAAGAAGAGCUUACCUAUCCAGUAGAGGAAACUGGCCAGCCUGAGGCAAUGGCAUAUGCCAGAACAAGUGACAGGCACAUUAGAGAAUUUAAUCACUCCAAAAUACAACAUACAUACCUGACUGAUGCUGAGCUGCACAACAGAGCAGCUUCACAUGGUGAGCCAUCUUCAGGUCUGUGCUGUACUGCUGGGCACACAGAGGAUUCCACUACUGGUUCUGACAGCAGGAGACUGUUCAUGGAUGCUGCUAAGGCACACCCAGCUUCUGAGUGCUUCAGGCACAUUAGAGAGCCCCCCAACCUCACCUACAUCCCCCCCCAAAGUAUUGAUGUCCGGCCUUCACACGGGAGCAGGACCAGCACACAGGGCAGGAGGAACCUGGUGCAGCCUGGACGUGACUCUGCUGACAGCAUGGAAGGAGAGAACUGUAACUCACCAGUGACUGACACGCAGGAGCCUUAUGUCAUCAUUGACACAACUGACCCAGGAAUGUUGUGCCAUCACACUUGAGUCUAUAGUGCUUUAUUUGUAAUUUACCUGUGGCCUUGAUCCUGUUUUCAAGGAGGUGAUUAGCUUUAUCAAAACAGUUUUUUAAAAAACCCAAAGCCACAUUGUUACUUUGGGACAGUAAAAAACAGGAGUUACACAAAUUGAUAAUGGCCCCUAUGGCAAGGAAACCUGAAUGGUCACCUUUCUAAAGGGUAGGCAACCUCCAUAAAUCUAGAUCCAUGUAAUUCAUCAGUCAGAUUCCUUCUGGCUGUUCUUAAUGCCAGACCAGUUUCUUCAGUUGGGCAUAUUACUUUUUUUUUCCUUCACAGACCUGUUCCUGAAAUACUCUUCCAGUAAAGGGAAAUUCUAAACCAGAGGACCCAACUUUAUAGCUUUACAAAUGCCAUACUGGAGCGGUGGAGUGUACUCGUGUUAACUCUCUGCAUUCCUUUGAAGCUCUGUCUGAGCUUAUCUUCCUCCUGACUUCUGUUGAAAACAGGUUUAAAAAGUUUAAUAACAUUCCUUUAGCUUUAAAGAGGGAAACAGCCCUGUGAACACUCGGGUUUCGUAGAGGCAUUAAAGUGUGUUACAGGUUUUAUAUCUGCCUCCAUUUGUUACCUAAGUAUUUUGUGGCCACCACCACAAAUUUCAAGAGAAGCCUUGAGCACGGUAACUGUUCACUGCCACCAGAAGAGAGAGGUCCAGCUACUGUUGCCAUUUCCCUUGCCCCUGCUCCUUUACACUUAAUUAUGCAGCAGGAGUGCACAGAAUUUUUCAAAGYCAGUUUGUCUCAGUAAAAUGAAAGGGAGAAGUCUCAUUUUUUGCUAUUUUAGUGGCAGAAACAAAGUCUGCUCAGAGAAGGAUCCCAGUGAGCAGCAGAGCCAGGAUCAGGGAUAUCCUGCAGGUAGGAGUGCUGUGUGAUAUCCUGCUCAGGAGUGUUGGAUCAGCUGCAAACUGCAGUCCCAGCAUCGAGAGCCUGUGYCACACACAGCAUUUAAUUCAUUAGAAAAGCAUGCUGCUGCUGUACUUAAACACAGUCUUCAGUGCUUCUGUAUACAAAUAUCACCAAGGGGUAUCAGAGGAUGGUGCCAGACUCUUGGAUGGUGCCCAGCAACAGGACAAGGAGCAAUGGCCAUAAACUAAAACACAAGAAAUUUCACCUCAACAUGAGGAAGAACUUCUUUCCCUGGAGAGGACAGAGCCCUGGAACAGCUGCCCAGGGAGGCUUUGGAGUUUUCCUCUCUGGGAAAUUCCAAACCCAACUGGACACACUCCUGUGUCACCUGCCUGGGCAAGGCUUGGAGUGGGUGGCCUUCAGAGGUCCCUUCCAACCCUAAAGAUUCUGGAUUCUGUGAUGAACUUGUUAUCUAGAAAGACACUUUAAUGCUGCUUCUGGUAGCUUUUCCAGUAGCACUGAAACAUGUGCUGGUUUGGGCUGGGGUAGAGUUAAUUUUCUUCCCAGUAGCUAAUAUGGGGCUAUGUUUUGAAUGUUAAAAAAUGCCUUGUUUCAUGUAUAGGUAAAAUAUUAGGUGAAAUUGAUUUAGUAUCAGUUAUUAUUGACUUUCACCCCCAAAAAAUUCAGAGGCGCACAUAUGGAUUAGACUAGAAAAACCUCAGAAACUAAAAUGUAAACAUUUGCUUUUUGAAUAACUAAUGCUUGAAAUUCUGUCAACUAUCCUCUGAUUGCAGCAGUGUAGGAGGAACAGAACUUUGCCCACACCAGGUGACAGCACUGCCUUAGCUCUGGAUGAGGUCCUGAGAAAUGGGUGUUAGGAACAAAAGGUGUUCACAGGGCUGUGUCCUGACAAACAUCCUUUGGGCUGUAAGAUCUCUUGACUAAACCUGUGACAUUUUCUGUACUGUGCAUAAUAUAUAUCCAUAGUGAAAUUAGAAUUAAGAGCAAACUGCAAAUGACUGAACUUCAAACAUAUAGAAUAAUUUCCAAAGAAAUAGUUCUUUUGGACUCUAUAGAAGAAAGUUUAACAGAAGGUAUCAAGGAUAACUACUAUCCUCCUACAAAUAAACUGCAAUAAGUAAGGUAAUUAGCACACAAAAUCUUACUUUUAAGCUAGAAUUCUAAAGAUGUACAACAGAGCAAUAGAAUGGCAUUAUUGGGAUCACAAGCUUUAGUACUAACUUAGUACUUCACUAGGAAAUGCUCUCUCAGUGCACUCAUUAUUAAUUAAGUUGCAGUGAUUUAGAAAAAACAAAUAACCUACCCAAUACAGCUUUAGAGCUACAAUUCCUGACUUGGUGUGGUUCUUUCAGUACAAUGGUUUUUAGGCAAACUAUAACUUUACAAAAAGGGGUGAUCUCCAAAAGUAGCACCAUCAGAUGUUGCUGAAAAGCCAUAAAACUGAAUGUUUCUGUCCUGCGAUGUGCCAGACAAAUGUCUGUAAUGAGUGCUAAUGAGGCCUUSUUUGCUCCAGCUAAACCAACCAAAACCAGUAGGGGAAAUAAUACGUUGUGUACUUCAGGGAUCAUUCCCCCAAAAUUACCCAGGAAAAGUAAUGUGAAAACAGUUCCAAGUGCUGCGUUAAAGGGAUUCCUUGGAGACAACAUCCUGGGGGCAAAGCACAAGUGAAGGACAACUCAACACUUGAGCUAAUGACCCCAAGCAUGAAACCCCCACUGGUUUUCUCUACUCUCCAGGUAACUGCAGGUCAUCAUAAACUGAUCACUGUAUAAACCUAAAGAACCAUCUGUAAUUUUUAAUAUAAAAAGAAGCAAAAUCAAAGAAUGUAAAACAGUUAAGAAAUCAAUUAAUUCUACAGUUUUUUAAUAAACAUUUGAAGAAUAGCACAGUCCCAUGCAUCCUGUAUUUUCACUAUUGCUCAGCUCAACCACAGCAGGGCUGGGGAUCUCAUGAACACAAAAUAAGCCCUCUAUAAAAACCUAGAUGGAAAAAAAAAAACUCAGGACCAUUCUGCAAUCACUUACAAAAACUAUGUUUUGAUGAGUUUUUUUCUUUUUUUUUGCACUGAAUUCAGUGGAACUACCAGUGCAUAGUUACCUUCAGAACUAAGAUAUAGUGAUGUCCCAUACAGCAGAAGGAACUUCCUGAUUUCAGUGAAAUUGCACUGAUAAGAUUAGAGCAAGACCCACCAUUUCAAACUGGUAAGACCUAUUUAACAGCUACUGYAACUCAAUGCACUUCGUUUGUGUCCUCCAGUAAUAAAACAAUGAACAUCCCACCUCUUGUAUGGAGCUGUGUAAAGCCCGGGCAGGAAGGAGUUGAUGCCCUGCUGUGCCUCAGGUGCUGAUGGCCACUCAGGAUGUGCCUGGAAAGGGGAACAAAGGACUAGAGGGUAG